CUUGCUUGCGUCGGCAGAAGUGGCAUGCAGGCUCGACAACGAUUCUGGACCUCUGUUUUGCCCGCCUCUCCUUCCUCUAUCCUCUUCCAUCCCACUCGCUGAGAGGCCUUGAGCUCAUACAGGCCUCACGCUUCCUCCCAAAAUGGCCGAACCACCCAUCGUCCUCGAUGGGGGUACCGGUUUCCUCAAGGUCGGCUAUGCGGCUCAAAACUUCCCUGAACAUCAAUUCCCCUCCAUAGUCGGGCGACCGAUUCUGCGGUCGGAAGAACGGGCAGGAGAUAUCGUGGUCAAGGACAUUAUGUGUGGAGAUGAGGCCGCUGCAGCAAGAUCGAUGCUACAAAUAAGCUAUCCUAUGGAAAACGGCAUCGUCAAGAAAUGGGACGACAUGCAACAUCUCUGGGACUUUACAUUCUUCGAGAAAUUAAAGAUCGACCCCAGGGGUCGCAAGAUCCUGUUGACUGAACCACCGAUGAACCCGCUCAAGAACCGAGAGCAGAUGUGCGAGGUCAUGUUCGAGCGUUACGGCUUCGGCGGGGUAUACGUCGCCAUCCAAGCCGUGUUGGCGCUCUACGCACAAGGCCUCUCCUCCGGCGUGGUCGUCGAUUCCGGCGACGGCGUCACGCAUAUCGUCCCCGUCUACGAAUCCACCGUCCUCAACCACCUCACCCGCCGCCUAGACGUCGCAGGCCGUGACGUGACCCGGAACCUCAUUGCUCUCCUCUUGCGACGAGGCUACGCACUCAAUCGUACCGCCGACUUCGAAACUGUGCGUCAGAUCAAGGAGAAGCUAUGCUACGUCUCAUAUGACCUGACGCUUGACCAACGUCUGUCAGAAGAAACGACCGUCCUGGUCGAGUCGUACACAUUACCAGACGGCCGCGUGAUCCGCGUAGGCAGCGAACGCUUCGAAGCCCCCGAGUGUCUCUUCCAGCCACACCUGGUCGACGUUGAACAACCCGGCAUCGCCGAAUUUCUGUUCAACACAAUCCAAUCUGCCGAUGUGGACGUUCGCUCUUCUCUGUACAAAGCUAUUGUCCUCUCCGGCGGCAGCAGCAUGUACCCUGGCCUCCCGUCACGCUUGGAGAAGGAACUGAAGCAACUCUGGCUCACCCGCGUGCUGGGCGGGAAUCCAGAACGGCUGAACAAAUUCAAGGUGCGAAUCGAGGAUCCCCCCAGGAGAAGACACAUGGUGUUCUUGGGCGGCGCCGUCCUGGCCAAUAUCAUGGCAGACAAGGAGAACAUGUGGAUCUCCAAGCAAGAGUGGGAGGAGCAAGGGCCCCGAAUACUCGAGAAGCUGGGUCCAAGAUAGUGAGCCAGCAAAAUAGUGAUGAAAUGUGGGGAGCUCAACUUCGGAGGGCGAGUGGUUCUGGGUGUCUGACGAGUCCAAAGCCUCAAUCUACCGAGCAGGAGGGAUAGGAUGGAGGAAGACGUUGGGACGAGAGAAUAGGGGCGGUCGAUCCUUCGCGGGCUUCGCCCUGUUGGAUGCUGAAGGGAACGGAGCUGCAAUGCUUUGUCAAUAGGGGCUGCAGCGUGGAUGGUAUGCCGCCUUCCAACCUCCCCUGGUCUCUCGGAUCCAAGCGCGCUACCGAUCCCUUCUUUUCUGCACCGUGGAGAGAGCAAGGAGAAAGGAGACGAACGAGAGAGGCUACGAGUGGGCGUGGUAUAAUCGAGACCCAGGCCGAGGCGAGGACUAGACGGCUGAAGAGCAAGCUCUACAAAAUACCAUUCCCGCGGCAUCUCAAGACGGCGACGAAGAACGACGAAUGAAUUGCCUUUUAUAUAAAAAAAAUACAGUGCGUGUUGCGAUGAAUGAGGAGAACUAGAGCGAAAACAUGUCCCU